UAUAUUUGGGUAUUAAAUAAUAAUAGUCAAAAGUUUUGGUGACAUCACAUUGGCAAUACUUUCGACACUCUGCUACUAAAAAAAUGAACAGUCUGUAAAUAUUGAACAUUAAUCUUUUAGACUAACCUUUGUUUUACAAUCGUUAGUCAAAAAUGUCAGCUGUAAUUUUAAAGAAUUUCUUUCAGACAAGAUUGCAAACAAUACAUUUUGCUAGUAUCAUUGUUCAAGGGAAUAAUUAUUCCAAUCAGCCACGUAUUAUUAAAAAUCCGACUACAGCUUCUUUAAAAAGAGGUACUGGAGGACGUUCCUCCUUCAAUGGAAUAGUAUGUACAAUUUUCGGUAAUAAUGGUUUCAUUGGACGGAAUGUGUGUAAUCAACUUGGGAAGAUUGGAACACAGUUGAUUCUUCCACAUCGCUCAGAUUUUUAUCACGUUCGGCAUCUUAAACUUUGCGGUGAUCUUGGACAAGUGCUUUUCCAUGAAUUCGAUCUACGGGAUGAAGAGGCAAUCUAUAAAUGCGUGAAACAUUCUAACGUAGUUAUUAAUUUAAUAGGUAAAGAUUGGGAAACUAAGAAUUUCUCUUUCGAGGAUGUACACGUUACAGGAGCCAGACGACUUGCUAGGAUUUCCAAAGAGGCCGGUGUGGAACGUUUUAUUCAUGUUUCUUCUUUAAAUGUAUCUCCUAACCCUACGCCAUUGAUAUUGAAAGAGGGUUCACAAUUUUUAAAAUCAAAAUGGCAAGGUGAAUGUGCUGUUAAAGAAGAAUUUCCUGAAGCAACGAUAAUUCGUCCAUCAAUUAUCUAUGGAAUGCAAGACAAAUUUUUGUCUUUUUACAGUGAGGGUUGGAAUCAACAAUCUUUUGUACCAGUACUUUGGAAAAAAGGUGAACAAACAGAGAAGCAACCAAUUCAUAUAUCCGAGGUAGUUAAUGGUAUAUCUGCUAUCGUACAAGAUCUUAGUACUGUUGGAAAAACCUACCAAUUUGUUGGACCAAAAAGAUACAAAUUAAGAAGUUUAGUCGAAUGGAUUCAAAGAUCUAUAAUGGAUUCUAAGAAGAAAGAGUAUAAUCAAGUAAUAGAUCUAGAUAAAGCUAUAUUCUUUAAAUUGAAAGUAUCUUUAUGCGAUGCUUUAGGAAUUACAAAUCGUUAUAACAAUUUACAUUGGGAGGGUAUAGAAAAAGAUAGCACAACCGAUGUUGUUUUGAAAGAUCUACCUACGAUAGAGGACCUUGAUAUUAAACUUUCUCCCAUCGAAGAACAAGGUUCGUGGGAUUUGAAAUUAUAUGACAGACGUAAUUAUUUUGAUGAAUCCCUUCGUGAGCGUACAGCAGUACGACCGCCAGAAGCUAUAUCAAUUUAAUUGACAUCAAUAUUUGAAAUAAUAUUAUAGUCGUGAUAUGAAAUAUGAAGAUGUGAUGAACAAAUUACAAAUUCGUUAUCUAAAUAAAUUUCUGUACCUCCCAUUCCAAUAAAUGUACAUUUCUCACAAUAUAUACGACAAUAAAAAAAAAAAAGAAAAAGAA